AUGGGAACAAGGCGAAGGAGAAAGGAAGAAAGGGGCGGCGAAGCGAAAGAAAGAACGAAAGUAUCCAACACCAGCGCACCAGUCGGACAGCUCGGACACACAGACCGGCCGUGUGGCGUGACUACAAAUGACGACAGACAAAUACAAGCAACACUCAACGGUACUGAAGAGGUCAUCGACCUCGUCAACAUGGACUCGAACGCACAACUGGCUCUGGCAAGCAUAGAUCGAUUCCCGAGGACACCCAAAUGCGCCCGAUGCCGCAAUCACGGCGUUGUCUCCGCCCUGAAGGGUCACAAGCGGUACUGCCGAUGGAAGGUGAGUCUGAUUUUACACUGUCGAGAAGCUAUAAGGCUUUAA